AUGAGUCAGUCUCCAUCCUACCAGAGAGAUACUGCCUCGGCAUCUCCUGAGAUCCUUAAAGAAGGUGACUUCCUCCCUCGACAUCUUUAUGACAACCUGAGGAGCCCGGAGGAGAAGGAGACAUGUGACGACCACAAAGACCCCCUUGUUAACAUCACAACCGACGACUACGCUGGCUCUCCUUUGAACGCUCAAGUCUGUGCACCACCAGCGGCAAAAGACCUUGGAAAACUUUGUGCCGGCGCGCUGAUUGAGAAAACCAGACCGGUCUCACCAGAGCUCAUGGAAGCGCUCGCGCUGGACGGCGGAUUCAUUACUUUGGUGGGCGCUCAGACCCAGACAGAUUGGGAGUGGGUGGAACAGAGAAUCGCUUUCGGCUGUCAAGCUCAAAAGGAAAGUGGGGAUCCCGAGUUGUUGCAGGCAGAGGGGAUGGAGCCAUGUGAUGAAACGAUGGCAGAGGCGCCGUAUGAAAUCCCUCGCGUGGGUCCACCUCGCCUCAUAGCGUACAAGCCGGAGCCCAAACGAGCGCCUCACGUUGAACAGGCUCCAGAGGUCGAAUCUGAACAGGGUUUGCUUCUCGCUCACUUCUACUGCUGCCAGCAGCUCCGUCAGCCCCUCGCGCAAAGCCAGGUGUUAGAAAAUCCAACGGACCUCACCUGCGUGAGUCAAGCAACGCAAAUCAGGGCGCUUAUACAGGAAGAGAAAGAAAAGUCGGCACAGAAGGAGUCAGAUAGGAAGAUUGAUGUGAGCCCGCAUGCCCCCGUCAUGAGUGAUGAGGAGAGGGAAGCCGCCGAGGCCAAUGAGAGUUUGAGAGAUUCGCAACUCCAGAGAAAACUGACAAAGGACAACGCAAACAGCUCCAGCCGUAAUGAGAUAAAGAAGAAAACAUCAAAGAGCCUGUCAAAAGAGAGUCCCCAAGUCAAUGAUGAGUGGCACAUCCCUAUACUUCAAAAAAUGACUGACUGGUUUAUACAUAAUGAAGAAACAGAUGGUGAGCCAAAGAGGUUCUACAAAAGUGGGACAUGUUUCAUUACCUUGUGUCCAGAUGGAACCGGUAAUGUCUUUUAUCCUUCUGGGAAAGCAGCCAUUAUUGUGUCCUCUGCAGGAGCCGCUGACUUCACUUACGUCAUCUUGGAGGACAAGGACGUUGCUACAGGCAUCAAAGGCAUUUUCACAAACAAAGGCCACGCCACAUGCUAUCAUCCCAAUGGAACGAUUCGGGUGAAUGUGACCCCCGCUGGAGGUCUCUGCUUCAGUGAAACAGGAGCUUUGUGCAGGCGCUGGAAUUGGUUGUACCGGUGUGACUCGCGCGUGCGCAACCUUCCCUUCAAGCCUCUGACCUUUGCCCUGGGCCCACACGUGGCCGUGCGCAUACACUCACAAGAGCGCAUGUACAUCAGCUUUACACAUCGGCAGAACAGGGUGAACUUCAAUGUGGGGUCAAAGCUUAAGCUCCUUCAUCCAGGGAGCUACGAGAAGCUGGGUCAAGACGCCCUGAAGAGAUAUAUCCAAAUGAAGAGCUUAGAAAUGUACUCUCUGCUCGACCAGAUGCAGACCUGCGUGUCCCACCACUCUUCAAGCCUGAGCAACAUUAAGCCACAUUACCGUUUCAUUGCACAGACGCAGCGGCUUAGCUGGCGAAUGGAAAAGGACAAGUCAUCCGAAAAGAUAAAGGCCCAUGUAAAUUGAAAGAGAAAUACAGAAUUGGCAAUGGCUGAUGUCGUUUUUGGCUGUUUUACAGUUCAUAGUUUGAUCUGGUGGUGCUUCUACUAAUUCAUGUUUUCAUUGAGACUGUAAAGCUUGAGCUUGGUAGAAAAAAGGUUUAUGGAAGAUUGGUCAAUUGGUUUGGGAAAAAAUAAUAACUCUUAGGAAAGAAACCCCGGUUGUAUAUCUUAAACUAUCUGAAAGAUUACCAAAAAAACAAUUUUCUCUAGAUAUCAUGACCUUCCAUUAGAACUUCUCGAAUGCUAAAUGGAGGAUGUUUUAUGGCCGAAAGUAAUACACUGUUCGCAAAUAACAGUCUAUUUCAUUCAUAAAACACUUCUUGUCCUUUAUUAAAAAGAUAAAAUGACCAGCAGCAACAUACAACAUUCAUCCCUCAUCCCUCUCUGCAUGAAUGACGUCAUACCACAUCAUACAAAACCAUCAACAGGCCAAUUUCCCAGUUGAAACACCACUUUUUCCUCCAGUUCCUGGCAAACACCAAACAGUGGCAUAAAUAACUGAUAAUCUGAUAACAUGGAUGAUAUGUUAAUGUAUUCUACCAUACAUAACCCUUCAGUAGUACGUCUCCAAUACCAGACCCAACGUGACCCUAAUAUUGCAUUCCUGAGGCUGCUUCCUAUUAUUAAAAUGGCACAAGAUCAAGAUAUUGUUUUGAGUAGACAUUCAAAUUCUGUAUAUUUAUUCAGGAGGUAACUAAUGUGUUUGCAAACGCAUUAGUACAAAAAAAAAAGCUUUGCCGUGUAAAGCCUACCACAAAAAAGAUCACAUUGCAGGAAUGAAUUAUUUUGAAGAAAUCUAAUAGUAUUUCAUUCAAUUGAACAAAGGUUGUUGGUUUUAGGUAGUAAAUUAAUACUCAUCCAAAGAGAAAUACAGGCCGUGAGAGAGUGAGUAACUCCGGGAUACUUGUGACGAAUAAACAUGAAUGGCAUCCCACGUUCAAACAGAAUACAUCAUGGUGUACUUCACAAGGCGUCAGCAUGUGUCAAAAGGCACCGAUAGUGCGUGUACAUUGUCUGAUUUUUUUUUUGCCAAUUAUCUAGUUACUAUAUGUGGCCCUGCGGAGGGCUGUUAAAUUGAGUUAUUCAAAGACUUCUGAAUAAUUGAGCUCAUACAGCAAUUUGAUGUGGGUGUGUGGCUGAUUAACACUUUCACUUAAGAAUUAUGCACUAAUUGCAGAUGAUGAAAACACCGUACAGAGAUAUAUAUGAUGUUCUCUCCCC